AUGAACUUUAUUUUACAGGACGUAAAUAAGAAUAUGAGGUUAAUCAACAUUUGUUUUUAUUGUUUAAAGAAUCAAAAAAUAUUUUUACCCAACCCUGUUUUUGCCAAUCCACUCAGAAGAUCAUUUUCAACACACAAACCUCUUCUUACAGAUAUACUCAGAAGAUCAAGAAUUAAACAGAGCACUAAUACGCAGCUUGACACAAAUAAUUUUAAAACGUGUACAGCUUAUUGCACUGGGGAAUCAUACAAUCUCGAAGAAAUACGAAAAUAUUUCACUACUGUUCAUGACAAAUACUCCAUCGGUAUUUUACCUAAUGAUGCUUCGGAUGUGUUGCACAUAUCAAAAUCACAAUAUGCCGAUGAACAGAAAGGAGAUAUCUUUUUAUUUAGACGCUUGGGAGCUUUUGUAUGUUGGAAUAUAACCGAACAAGAGAUAGCAUGUGUUCGAGAUGUUUUAAAAGAACAUGAGAGAGGUUCAUAUGAACCAUCUAUCAUCGAAGAAGAAUAUGAACAACUUAAUUAUAUACAAGCUGACGGAAAGACCUCGUUACUGAAUGGUGACAUAUUGUUAAGUUCUGGCGAGAAGACAGACAAUGAGCAUGUCUUGGAAAAGUUGGCUUUUUCUAAUGCUAUGGCUUUAUCUGUAAAACUGGAUAUGUGGGAGUUAGCGCUCGAAAAGUUUUCUGUUUCAUUAAGAUAUAUUCCUGAGAUUUUAAAACGUGGAUAUAAAGUGGCUAUGACGAGACGCGAAGUUCUACAGAAGAUUGGAGAGCUGUUGACGUUGAGACACCAAAUCAAUUUAUAUUCAGAUGUUCUUGCUGUUCCGGAUUUUUAUUGGGAUAGAGAAGAUUUAGAAAUGUUAUAUCUCAAGACAUGCACUUACUUAGAAAUUUCGAAAAGAACUAAGGUGAUGAAUGAAAAACUGAAUUUAUGCACCGAGUUAGUUGAAAUGUUGCGUAGUCACUUGAACGAUGAACAUUCACAUCGUUUAGAAUGGAUGAUUAUCGUGCUAAUUGCUAUCGAGAUCUUAUUUGAGGUCAUUCGACUUGGCGAGAAGUACUUAUAGAUUGUCAACUUCAAAAGAAAUUUUUUGUAUUUUUUUUUAUGUAUUAUUUAAAAAAAUUAA